CUUUCGCCUCUCCUUCUUCUUCCCUUCAACGACGCCAAACAAAACCGACGCGCUCCUCUUCCCUCCCACCCAUCGCCCCCGCGUCCUCCUCGGUCUGCAGGCGCAAACCCUAACCCUGCCCGCAUGGGCGCCGUCACCUCGACGGUUGCGGCCCGCUUCGCCUUCUUCCCGCCGAGCCCGCCGUCGUACGGGGUGCAGCCGCCCCCUGCUGCCGCCGCGGGGGCGGGGGCGGAGGAGGGGCAGAAGGGUGGCGACGGGGCGGUGGUGGAGCUCACGGGCGUGCCGGGGAGGGGCAAUGUGGAGGCGCGGCGGCUGCGGACGAAGCGGGGCACGGAGGUGGUCGCGAUGUACGUGCGGCAGACCGGGGCCAGGCUCGCGCUGCUCUACUCCCACGGCAACGCGGCCGACCUGGGCCAGAUGUACGAGCUCUUCGUCGAGCUCAGCGCGCACCUCAACGUCAACCUCAUGGGCUAUGACUAUUCUGGUUACGGGCAAUCUUCCGGGAAGCCUAGUGAGCAAAACACUUAUGCUGAUAUAGAAGCUGUUUACAGAUGUCUCAUAGAAACCUAUGGAUCUUCGGAGGAAAAUAUCAUUCUUUAUGGUCAAUCAGUGGGCAGUGGUCCUACUUUGGAUUUAGCCUCCCGCUUACCUCGUUUGAGAGCAGUUGUUGUACAUAGCCCAAUUUUGUCUGGCUUAAGAGUGAUGUAUCCUGUAAAACAUACAUACUGGUUCGACAUAUACAAGAACAUCGACAAAAUUCCAUUAGUCAGGUGUCCCGUGCUAGUGAUACAUGGUACAGCUGAUGAGGUUGUUGACUGUUCCCACGGGAGGGCAUUGUGGGAACUUGCUAAAGUGAAGUUUGAGCCGCUAUGGAUCAAAGAAGGAAAUCACUGUAAUUUGGAACUCUACCCAGAAUAUAUUAAGCAUCUGAAAAAGUUUGUUGGAGCCAUAGAGAAAUCGCCCAGUCCAUCAGAUCGUACUCCAACAGAAUCUGAAUAUACAGAGGAUUCAAGGAAAAGCACAGACUGCAGGGAAAAAACAAGGCCAAGCAUAGAUCACAGGCAUAGUACAGAUCGGCGGGAUAAACCAAGGGGCAGUACAGAUAGGAGGGACAAAAGCAGAAAGAGUGUGGACCAUCCUGAGAAACCGCGGGCUAGUGUUGAUCAAUCUGAUAGGCCAAGGAAAAGCAUUGACCGCUUUGGAGGGAUGAUGAAGUCCGUCAAGUUGUGCAAUAUCGACUGUUUCAAAGUGACAGCAACUUCUGGGAGCUGAAAAUACCUAAAAGGUUAGUGUUGGGACCCUUUGUGUAACUUAUUCAAUUGGGUGAUUGGUUUGGCUGUAGGAGGUGUAUUUCAUACAAUGGGGGCUUGUAUUGUUUCCGUUGAAUUGUUCUCUUAAGAUGAAAUAAUAAUUUGUUCAUAAGAGAUGUGCCCUGGAAAGAAGUAAGCCCUCUGUGGGCAAGGAAGCCUUUAUGUUGUC